AUGCAGCAAUACACGCAAUCCGUCAUCCCCGACAUCUCACCCAUGAUGGCUGUAUUGCCAGCUGCUGUAAUGAACUUCGCUGCCGCCCUCGGACGAACACUAGUAGGAUGCAUCGCUGAUAGGGUUGGCGCCAUCAAUGCUUUUGUCAUCGCGGUCGGCAUGGCCGGCGUUGUCCAGCUCUUAAUCUGGAAUUUCGCAUACAACUAUGCCACAAUCAUCGUCGCUUCCAUUACGGUCGGAUUCUUUGCGGGAACCUUUUUGUCUCUCACUUCUGUUAUGGGCGCAACCCUCUAUGGAGUGAACAACUUGGCCACCCUUUCAGGCAUCCUAACGCUAUUCAAUACGCCCGGCAACGCAGCUACAGCCCCAAUUGCUGGUGCCGUCCUAUCCGCAGCGAACAACAACUGGCAUGCAUUGAUCUCAUACAGCGGCGCAUCUCAAAUAGCAGCCGCCCUCCUGUUGUUAUAUGCGCGGUUCAGCAAGGAGCCCCGAUUCUUUGCGGUCAUCUAG